AUGAGUGUUGUUGAAGCUACCAGCAGUUCUGGCGUGGAUUUCCCAUCCACCGGUUCAACUGUGAAAAGAACAGGUAAUGUUGCAACUUUGGAUAAUACCACAUCUUCAAAUUUGCAAACUAUAGACACUAAUGGCAAGGUAUUCAAAGUUCCUGACUACACCAUCAAGGAAAUCUUACAGGCCAUCCCAAAACACUGCUACGAAAGAUCUUUGAUUAGAUCAUUGGGGUAUGUCGCAAGAGACAUCACAAUGAUGUGCAUUAUUAGCUAUGCUGGCCACUCCUUGAUUCCCCAGCUUAGUAUUGCAGGCCAUGAAACCGUGUCUACUAUUGCCAGAGGUGCUUUGUGGAUGCUCCAAUCCUAUGCAAUGGGAUUGUUUGGCUUUGGCUUAUGGAUCUUGGCCCACGAGUGUGGCCAUGGCGCAUUCUCAGACUAUACAAAUGUCAAUGAUUUUAUCGGUUGGAUUUUGCAUUCAUACUUGAUUGUUCCUUACUUUUCAUGGAAAUUCAGCCACAGCAAACACCACAAGGCCACAGGCCACUUGACCAAAGAUAUGGUGUUUGUUCCAUACACCAAACAAGAAUACUUGGAAAAAAACAAGGCUGAGAAACUUGCCGAUAUCAUGGAAGAAAGUCCUAUUUGGUCCUUUGCAACUUUGGUUUUCCAACAGUUGGGAGGCUUGCAAUUAUACUUGGCCACAAAUGCCACUGGACAACCAUACCCUGGAUUCUCAUGGUUUGCCAAGUCCCACUAUGCGCCAGCUUCACCAGUAUUUGACAAGCACCAAUAUUGGUACAUUGUCUUGUCGGAUAUCGGAAUCAUUGCCGCAUUCACUGUUGUCUACCAAUGGUACAAGACUUUUGGGCUUUUCAACAUGAUGAUCAAUUGGUUUGUGCCAUGGUUGUGGGUCAACCACUGGUUGGUAUUUGUCACAUUUUUGCAACACACUGACCCAACAAUGCCACAUUAUACAGCUAAAGAAUGGACUUUUGCUCGUGGUGCAGCAGCUACUAUUGAUCGUGAUUUCGGCUUUAUUGGCCAACACAUUUUCCAUGACAUUAUUGAGACCCACGUGUUGCACCAUUACGUGUCAAGAAUCCCAUUCUACAAUGCAAGAGAAGCUACAGAUGCGAUUAGAAAAGUCAUGGGCGAACACUACAGAUAUGAAGGCGAGAAUAUGUGGUUUAGUUUAUGGAAAUGUAUUAGAAUGUGUCAAUUUGUUGAUGAUGAUUCCGAAGAUGCAAAAGGUGUCAUGAUGUUUAGAAAUGUUAAUGGGUUGGGAGUCAAGCCAAAGGAUUAG